AGGGAACGCAAAGCAAAACUCAAAAGAAAUUGUGAAGAGGAAAAAAAAAAAAAAACGAAACGGCUGAGUCGGCUUGAGGAGGCGAGUUGGGAGACUUUAACUCACUGCCGUAAACCUUUUGUCAAACGGAGUUCAUCAGUCCUUGUCUCCAAACAGGCUCCUAGCUCUCUUCACCGCCAUCGAUUGUAGUGUGUGGGUAGGGCACGGUUUUUGCUGAUUGAUAUCCGUGCUGAUUGAUAUCCGUGCUGAUUGAACUGUUAAAAAUCUGCGGCGGUGGCGGUGGAGGCUGCAGUGGCAGCAACAGGAAUUAAACAUGGAUUUGGUGGCGAGUUGCAAGGACAAGUUGGCUUAUUUCCGAAUAAAAGAGCUUAAGGAUGUUCUUACGCAAUUAGGAAUGUCAAAACAAGGAAAGAAGCAGGAUCUUGUUGAUCGGAUAUUGAACGUGCUCUCUGAUGAUCAAGUUUCAGGAAUGUGGGCAAAGAAAAAUGCUGUAGGGAAGGAUGACGUAGCAAAACUAGUCGAUGAUACUCACAGGAAAAUGCAGGUUUCUGGAGCAACUGAUUUGGCAUCCAAAUCACAAGGUGGUUCUGAAUGCAGUAAUGUAAAGCUGAAGGAGGAAAUUGAGGACUCUUAUCAAACGGAGAAGAUUCGCUGCCCUUGUGGGAGCUCAUUGCCAAAUGAGACCAUGAUUAAGUGUGAAGAUCCAAAAUGCGGUGUGUGGCAACACAUAGGUUGUGUUAUCAUUUCUGAGAAGCCUAAUGAGGGUGCUUUACCUGUCCCUCCAGAGACUUUCUACUGUGAAUUGUGUAGAUUGACUCGUGCAGACCCCUUCUGGGUGACAAUGGCACAUCCUCUAUAUCCAGUGAAGUUACUGAUUACAAGUGUUCCUGCUGAUGGCUCUAACCCUGUACAGAGCAUUGAGAAAACAUUUCAGCUCACUAGAGCGGACAAGGACUUGUUGUCAAAACAAGAGUAUGAUGUUCAGGCAUGGUGUAUGCUUCUUAAUGACAAGGUUCCUUUUAGGAUGCAGUGGCCACAGUAUGCUGACCUACAAGUCAAUGGUGUACCAGUUCGGGCGAUAAAUAGGCCAGGAUCACAGUUGCUAGGUGCAAAUGGUCGAGAUGAUGGGCCUGUUAUCACCCCGUGCACCAGAGAUGGAAUUAAUAGGAUUUCCUUAACAGGAUGCGAUGCUCGUGUCUUCUGUCUGGGUGUCAGAAUUGUUAAGCGUCGGACUGUUCAACAUAUUCUCAACUUGAUUCCCAAGGAAUCUGAAGGGGAGCUAUUUGAAGAUGCGCUUGCUCGUGUGAAACGUUGUGUUGGUGGUGGGACAGAAACAGAAAAUGCUGACAGUGACAGCGAUUUGGAAGUUGUUGCUGAUUUUAUUCCUGUCAAUCUUCGUUGUCCUAUGAGUGGUUCACGAAUGAAGGUUGCUGGAAGAUUUAAACCGUGUGUUCACAUGGGCUGUUUUGAUCUUGAGGUUUUUGUGGAAAUGAACAUGCGGUCUAGGAAGUGGCAAUGCCCCAUUUGUCUCAAGAACUAUUGCCUGGAGAAUAUCAUCAUAGACCCAUAUUUCAAUCGCAUCACAUCUAAGUUGCGGAGUUAUGGAGAAGAAGUGAAUGAGAUUGAAGUGAAGCCCGACGGUUCUUGGCGUGCAAAGGUAGAAGGUGACCGUAGGGGUCUUGGGGAUCUUGGGCUGUGGCAUGCUCCUGAUGGUUCUCUUUCCGCGGAUGUAGAAUCUAAGCCAAAACCUGUGAUGCUGAAGCAGAUUAAACAGGAAGGUGGUUCUGAUGGCCAUGCUGGUUUGAAGCUUGGAAUGAAGAAAAACAGAAAUGGUAUUUGGGAAAUUAGCAAACCGGAAGAUUUGCAGACAUUUUCAUCCGGAAAUAAUUUGAAUGAAGAUUUUUGUCAUAGACAGAAUAUUAUUCCCAUGAGCAGUAGCGCCGCUAGCAGUGACAAAGAUGGUGAAGAUCCUAGUGUUAACCAGGAUGGUGGCGGGAACCUUGACUAUUCAACUAACAAUGGAAUUGAACUUGAAUCAAUCUCUCUGAACAUUGAACCAACUUAUGGAUAUAGCGAUCGAAAUCCAAUUGCACCAUUGGGGGACACUGAGGUCAUUGUCCUAAGUGAUUCAGAGGAAGAAAAUGAACCACUAAUUUCAUCUGGACAUAUCUAUAAGAACCACCAUACUGAUGGUGGUGAAGUUUCAUAUUCAGUUGCUGCACAAGGAAUUCCUGAUUCCUAUCCUGAAGAUCCUACGCUUAACGUAGGUGCAGGUUCAUGCCCCAGUUUUCUGAAUGGCCAUGAUGAUGAUUUGAUGCAUAUGUGGUCUUCGUUGCCUUCUGGCAGUCAGGCGGGCCCUGGUUUUCAGUUAUUUGGUUCGGAUGGAGAUGUCUCUGAUGCUUUUGUUGAUAUGCAGCAGGGUUCCAUUAACUGUACCUCAUCAAUUAAUGGCUACACGCUGGGUGCAGAGACUGCCAUGGGAUCUGCUGCUCUUGUUCCUGAGUCCUUCAUUGAACCUGUUCAUGGUAAUAUCAACGAUGGUUUGGUGGAUAAUCCCUUGGUAUUUGGUGGUAAUGACCCUUCACUUCAAAUAUUUCUUCCUACGAGGCCAACAGAUGCAUCAGUGCAGGCUGAAUUGAGAGAUCAACCAGAUGUGUCAAAUGGUAUUCAUACUGAGGAUUGGAUUUCUCUCAGGCUUGGGGAUGGUGGUGGAGGGAGCACUGGCGAAUCUGCUGCUGCAAAUGGGUUAAAUUCUGGGCAGCCACUACAGUCGAAGGAAGGUGCUUUGGACUCACUGGCUGAAGCUUCUUUGCUUCUUGGCAUGUCUGAUGGCAGAUCUUCAAAGGCGAGUAGGGAAAGAUCAGAUAGCCCUUUUACAUUUCCUCGACAGCGGCGUUCUGUGAGGCCGAGGUUAUUACUAUCUAUUGAUUCAGACUCUGAAUAAAGGAGUUGUAUUUAGUUGGGAUUUUUUUUCUUGCAAAAAUAUCAAGAAUGCUUCGAGACAUCCUUUUGCUUGUGGAAGACAUAUAAGGGGAAAAUCGGUCUUCAUUCUUGUUCCUAAGUUCACCUGUAUUUGUACAAUGUAGAGGCUGCAAUUUCUCCUGUCAGAAAGUCAUCUGAGAUAUUUGUAGACACACAGUGGAAGAAUUUAGUUGAAACAUCCCCCUGCUUUAAAAGUUUUGCUGCUCGAGAGGGAGUUCUCUUUUGAAUUGGUCAUUCUUCUUCCAGCAGGUCCAGUAAACAUUCCUUCUCUUUUUUAUGCUGAUGAUUAGUUACUAGGUUUCUCGCUUAUAAUGUAAAUGCCUAUGUGGGACAUUAGGGUGCCAAAAUGGAGGAAGAAUCCGACGGGUAAAUUACCAUGGACGUAGUGGGGAGCAAUUUUUAGCAACAAGAUUAUCCUCUUUUUCUCUCUUUUAUUGAAAAAAUACCUUGUAAAUGCCUGACCUCACCUAAACAUUAGUAAUUAAUAGAAAUAGUAUAGUUGGAGUUCAUCAAAUUUUGGUCUUUCUUGUAUUUAAUGUCCAAGUACUUGUUACGAGUGCUCUUCUUCUCGUUUACGGUGUCCCAGCACCUAACCUCUGUAGUGUUUCAACUCUGAAUUUGGAUGCCUUGUUCUGGCAAAAUCAAGGGAGUUUCCAGUAUAUUGGGUGAAUUUGAUCCUCAUCCUUGUUGCUAUGAUCAGCUAUAUCUGUACGUUGUGGUUGCAGUUUCACACAUCAGGAAGCUUCUGACAUGGUUGUAGACAGAGCGCAAAACUUCUUGCGGAACAUCUCCGCUUUAAUACUUGGGGGGACGAAAUCAGGUUGUACAUUUUUCAAAAUUUUUGUUUUCAAUUAGAACGAAAUGUGUAGACCUUUUUUGAGGUUUGUUGUUCUUACAUGUCUAUUUAUGUUUCUUA